AAGGGGGAAACUCGCUUCUGAUCUGCCCGCAACUGUGCCAAGCACCGGUCUGAGCACCACGGAGAUGGCACCCGUCGGAGGCAAAAAGGCCAAGAAGGGCAUCCUAGAACGUUUAAACGCUGGAGAGGUUGUGAUUGGAGAUGGAGGGUUUGUCUUUGCCCUGGAGAAGAGGGGCUACGUAAAGGCAGGACCCUGGACCCCAGAAGCUGCUGUGGAGCACCCUGAGGCAGUUCGCCAGCUUCAUCGAGAGUUUCUUAGAGCUGGAUCGAAUGUUAUGCAGACCUUCACCUUCUAUGCCAGUGAAGACAAGCUGGAGAACAGGGGAAACUAUGUCUUGGAGAAAAUAUCCGGGCAGAAAGUCAAUGAAGCAGCUUGUGACAUCGCCCAACAAGUGGCUAAUGAGGGAGACGCUUUGGUUGCAGGAGGUGUGAGUCAGACACCUUCAUACCUCAGCUGCAAGAGUGAAACUGAAGUUAAAAAAAUCUUUCAUCAGCAGUUAGAAGUCUUUAUGAAGAAGAAUGUGGACUUCCUUAUUGCAGAGUAUUUCGAACAUGUUGAAGAAGCUGUGUGGGCAGUGGAAGCCUUAAAGACAUCUGGAAAACCAGUCGCAGCCACCAUGUGCAUUGGCCCCGAAGGAGAUCUGCAUGGCGUGCCCCCUGGCGAGUGUGCAGUGCGCCUGGUGAAAGCAGGAGCCUCCAUCGUCGGUGUGAACUGCCACUUUGACCCCACAAUUAGUUUACAGACGGUGAAGCUCAUGAAAGAGGGCUUGGAGGCCGCAGGGUUGAAAGCUUACCUGAUGAGCCAGCCCUUGGCCUACCACACUCCCGACUGCGGCAAACAGGGAUUUAUUGAUCUCCCAGAAUUCCCGUUUGGAUUGGAGCCCAGAGUUGCAACCAGAUGGGAUAUUCAAAAAUAUGCCAGAGAGGCCUACAACCUGGGGGUCAGGUACAUCGGUGGGUGCUGUGGAUUUGAGCCCUACCACAUCAGGGCAAUUGCAGAGGAGCUGGCCCCAGAAAGGGGAUUUUUGCCACCAGCAUCUGAAAAACAUGGCAGCUGGGGAAGUGGUUUGGACAUGCACACCAAACCCUGGAUUAGAGCAAGGGCCAGGAAGGAAUACUGGCAGAAUCUUCGGAUAGCCUCCGGCAGGCCCUACAACCCUUCCUUGUCAAAGCCGGAUGCCUGGGGCGUGACCAAAGGAACUGCCGAGUUGAUGCAGCAGAAGGAAGCCACCACGGAGCAGCAGCUGAGAGAGCUCUUUGAAAAACAAAAAUUCAAAUCGGCACAGUAGUCACAAUGCAAUUAUUUUUGGUGAAUUCUUCUAUGUUUGGGCCCCAGUGCGUACGAAUAAGGAAAAGAUGGUUAGAAGGCAAUGCUUGUGUUAACGCCAGCCUACACGUAUAAUUGGUAUCAGCUAAACAAAGUAGAAUUACAAAUAGCACUUGACAGUUCUAAAAGUAUGUUUUAGAAGUUUAGUUAGAAGCAAAAAAGAAAUUUCAAACAGGUUUCCUAAGCACCCACUGUGUUUAAGGUAUUAUGAAAAUCUUUGCAGC